AAGGAAUGGGGGAAGCAAUGAAUGGGGAAAAGAGCCCUCUUCCCCCCCCCCCCCCCCCCCGCCACUUCACACAACCCUUCUUGAUCCAGAAAGAGCCAUUUUGUACAAAGCAACCAGGUCCCUCAAGAAAGAUGAGCCAGGAAAUGGAGCCCUGCAAGAGACAUGAACAGGAAAAGAAACUUUUAGCCGCUUUUGACUGGAGAGGGGUGUGUGUGAUGGGUCAAGGCUGAGGAGGGGCAGGAGAUUUGGGGGAGCCCACCUUUGACCCCCCCCCUACUUCUUAGCAGCUUGGUCCCAGCAGGCUUUCCUUCCUUCCACCUCAGGAUGCCAAGAAGUGCAUCCGUCUCCUUUGGGAAAAUGCGGGAGAGCCCCCCUCCCAUCCCCUUUCUUCCUCUCCCUGGUGAAAUCCUGGCCCUCUGAGUUGUAGGUUGCUUUUCUUCUAGCCUGGAUGGGUGUGAAGUGGGGGUUGCUCCAGGUUCCCUGAGUUUAUGAACCAGAGUGGAAAGAUCUCUUCAGGUUCAGCAGUGCCAGGUUCUGAAUGGAAGAAAAGAUUGAAGACGGCCACUCAACACACCUUGGAGACAUCAGUCUCUGACUUUAUUCAUACAAGCAGAGACAGCUUCUCCUUGCAGUGCUAGCUUUCCAUGUGCAGGGAAUUUCUGUGGUGCAAAGGAAUAUUUACAGUUGCCAGUUUCAGGGCUGGAAUCUCCCACCUGCCCCCUUGAGCCAGGCAGUCCAGUUUUUAGCUUUUGGUGUGUAGCUAUGGACACAAUAUUGGGCACCCCAUGACCCUAACUGCCCUCCCCAAUCCAGGGCAUCAUGAGCUUUUCCAGGCUGUCCCCCUUGGUCUCCAAAUCAGUUCUGCCAAAUGUGUUUUUUUUCAAGAUCUCCUCCUAAAAAGACUGGUCCCCCCCACCCGACACACACAGCAAGGAGGCUUCGUGGCAGAGGGAGCAGAGACCCUUACUGGCCUUCUGUCAACCUGAGUCCACUAUGGCAAGGGGGGAGGACUAAAAGGUUGGGGGACUCCAUAGAAGGGAAAAAAGGCACAGUCUUCCAGGUGAUCGGAGGCCGUGAAUCUGCUGAUUGGUUACCUCAGAAGGACUCCAGCCUUUUUAUAAAGCUGCACAUUGAUAUUCACAAGCUACAAGAAACUCCUGAAAAGAAAGAACAGACGGCGUACCAAAUAACAACAGAACCUCAAGUCUGUUCAUCUUUAUAGGACUGGCUUGAAAGAAGAAGGAAAAAGAAGCCGCCCAAACUGCCUUUUUUCAUCGCCAAUUGAGAAAGGCAUCCUUUCAGAGUCCCAGGCGCAAGAGUAGAAGGAGAAUAAGAUGGAAGAACGGGACCCAGAAGGAGUGAGACGUGGCAAGAGAGCCAGGAAAGACCCCUGUCCCCUCCAAGCUGGGAGUGGUGUUGAAUUCUGGGAGAGAACUGGGCCGGACACCUGGAAUCAAGAGCCCUUGAACACGGAAGUACUUUGCCAACGCUUCCGGCAAUUCCGCUACUGUGAUCCUGAUGUUCCCAGAGAGGUUUGCAGCCAGCUGCAUGCACUUUGCAACCGCUGGCUGAAGCCAGAGAGACACUGCAAGAAGCAGAUCCUGGACCUGGUGAUCCUGGAGCAGUUCCUGACCAUCUUGCCCCAAGAAAUGCAGCGCUGGGUUAGAGAAUGCAGUCCGGAGACCAGUUCCCAAGCGGUGGCCCUGGCAGAAGGCUUCCUCCUGAGUCAAGCCAAGGAGAAGAGGCAGGCAGAGCAGAGGUGGGGUCCAGCCGCGAAGAUGGAAAUUAAGUCCUCUGAGAGGGAAAGAGCUCUGUUGGAGGACGGGCAGCAUGCCGAUGACCAGGAACUUUCCCCAAAUGCCCUCUCACAUGGCAGUGAAGAGAGAGUGUUGGUCCCUUCUCUUUGUGGAGGUGUGAAAACAGUUGCUGCACCUCCAAUCCAGUCUCUGGUUUCCUUUGCGGAGGUGGCCAUGUAUUUCCAAGAGGCAGAAUGGGCAUUGCUGGAUCCAGACCAACGAGUUCUCUAUGAGGGUGUCAUGCUGGAGAACUAUGAGAGUGUGGCCUCUCUGGCAGCACAAGUAGAGGAGAUAGUUGGAGGUUUCCAGGGAUUGUCAGAGGAAAAAGUCAAGGAUCAAGAUUCCAAAGGAGUGUUUGAGGAUGGAGACAGGCCACAGAGUCAGGAGGGAAGCCAUGCAGAUCAGAGAAGGGAAAAUCCCAUUCUGUCACAAGGAGGAGGUUUUUGUGAUGUCCCAAUCCAAGAACUAAGAUCAACCACAACAGAAAAGAAUGAAGGCAUCCAUGCUAACCAGAGAACCCUCUCCAGGCAAAAUGAAAAUGUGGCCUUUAUAAAGACCUUGAGUAAGAACGUCAAUAUUAUUUCCGAGAGGCAAAUUCCCUCUGGAGAGAAACGGUACAAUUGCAUGAAGUGCGGAAAGACCUUCAGUCGGAAAUCAGCCCUUUCUUCACAUCUAAGAAUUCACUCAGCAAAAGAUGAGGAGUGGACUGAGGGCGAUGAUCAAGUGCAUGAGCUAUUGCCAGAGAAAGCGAAGAAUGGAGAUUUGAAAGGAAACUUCAGGAAUCAAGGCAAACCAAAAAAGCAGACAGGAGGUCACAUGGCUGAGAGGAGGGAUAAAUCAAUUCCUGGCCAAGGACAGGAUUGUCAUGAAGUAAUUCACACAGUAGAAGAAAUAUAUAAGUGCUUGGAGUGUAGAAUGAACUUCUCAGAUCACAGCCAGUAUGAAAUUCAUUUGCAAAUACAUAAUGGAAGGAAGACCCAUCAAUGUUCGGAGUGUGGCAUGACUUUCCUUUGCAGAGCAAAGCUCUUGAGGCAUCAAAGAACACAUCAAGGAGUGAAACUUACCUCAGACGGUAAGCGUGGUAAGAGCUUUUCAGAAAAAUCAGGUUCUUUUCAUCACCGAAGGACUCAUACAGGAAAGAAGGCAUUAAUCUGCUUAGAGAGGAAAAUGACCUUUUCUGGUAGAAGAAAGGGUAAUGUACCUAUUCCAAAACACGGUAUAAUGAGAGCUGGAAAAUGCUUUCGGUGCGGAAAAUUCUUCAGCUACAGAUCAAAGCUCCUUGUGCAUCUGAGAACCCACAUAGGAGAGAAACCUUUUGAAUGCCUAGAGUGUGGAAAGAGAUUCAAUCUCAGUGGCACUCUUCAAAAGCAUAAAAGAACUCACACAAAAAAGAGACCUUUUGAAUGCUCAGUGUGUGGAAAGAGAUUCAGUCAGAGGAGUAGUCUUCAAAAGCAUCAAAGAACUCACACAAAGGAGAAACCUUUUGAAUGCCCAGAGUGUGGAAAGACAUUCAGUCGUAGUAGCACUCUUCAAAACCAUAAGAGAAUUCACACAAAGGAGAGACCUUUUGAAUGCUCAGAGUGUGGAAAGAGAUUUGGUCAGAGUGGCCAUCUUCAAAGGCAUAAAAAAACUCACACAAAUGAGAGACCUUUUGAAUGCUUAGAGUGUGGAAAGAGAUUCAUUGACAGUUACAUACUUCAAAUCCAUCAAAGAGCUCACACAAAUGAGAGACCUUUUGAAUGCUCAGAGUGUGAAAAGAGAUUCAAUGACAAUGGCACUCUUCAAAAGCAUAAAAGAAUUCACACAAAGGAGAGACCUUUUGAAUGCCUAGAGUGUGGAAAGAAAUUCAGUCAGAGUGGCACUCUUCAGCGGCAUAAAACAACUCACACGAAGGAGAGACCUUUUGAAUGCUCAGAAUGUGGAAAGGGAUUCAGUCAGAGUGGUGCUCUUCAAGCCCAUCAGAGAACUCACACAAAUGAGAGACCUUUUGAAUGUUUAGAGUGUGGAAAGAGAUUCCGUCAGAAUACCACUCUUCAAUAUCAUCAAAGAACCCACACAAAGGAGAGACCUUUUGAAUGUUUUGAGUGUGGAAAGAGAUUCAGUCGGAGUUUCACUCUUCAGCAGCAUCAGAGAACUCACACAAAUGACAGACCUUUUGAGUGCUUAGAUUGUGGAAAGAGAUUCCAUGACAGUGGCAGUCUUCAAAAGCAUAAAAGAAUUCACACAAAGGAGAGACCUUUUGAAUGCCCAGAGUGUGGAAAGAAAUUCAGUCAGAGUGGCACUCUUCAAAGGCAUAAAACAACUCACAUGAAGGAGAGACCUUUUGAAUGCUCAGAGUGUGGAAAGGGAUUCAGUCAGAGUGGUGCUCUUCAAGCCCAUCAGAGAACUCACACAAAGGAGAGGCCUUUUCAGUGCUCAGUGUGCGGAAAGGAAUUCCGUCUGAGUGGUGCUCUUCAAGUCCAUCAGAGAACUCACACAAAUGAGAGACCUUUUGAAUGCUCAGAGUGUGGAAAGAGAUUCAGUCAGAGUAGCAUUCUUCAACGGCAUCAGAGAACUCACACAAAGGAGAAACCUUUUGAAUGUUUUGAGUGUGGAAAGAGAUUCAGUCAAAAUGGCACUCUUCAACAGCAUCGAAGAACCCACACAAAGGAGAGACCUUUUGAAUGUUUUGAGUGUGGAAAGAGAUUCAGUGAUAGUGGCACUCUUCAACAGCAUCAAAGUACUCACACAGAGACUUUUUGAAUGACGUGAGAGUAAAAAAAAUUCAGUCAAAGUGGUGCUUUCAACAGCAUCAAAGAACACAGUGGAGAACCCUUAUAUAUACUUGGAAUGUGGACAGAGAUUCAGUCAGAAGGGCGCUGUACAGCAGCAUUGAAAGAUCCACACAAGGGAGAAACCUUUUGAGUGCUCAAAAUAUGGAAAGAGAUUUAGUUAGUCUAGCAGUCUGGCCCAACACCUAAGAACCCUGACUUUGGAAAAACUUUUUCAAGUACUCAGCGUAAGGCCCCUGUUUCCUCCUCAGCCGAGGCACCCCAAUUUGGUCCCCCAUGUUCUCAUUUUUCUUUUGAAGAUCACUCCAUUGAAAUCCUGAAGUAAAAUAAGCAUAUCUUUUGGAUAGCUUUGAGAGAGCUCAUCUGCCUGCCCUGUGCAUCACAGGGCAUCACAGAAGUAGGAGGUCCCCAGAGCUUUUAUAUACUUCUCCUCCAGUUCCAUGGCCUGUGAACAGAGAUAUAUCUACUUCAAGAGUAUCAAAUCAAACCCAAAGAAGAUCAUUUCCAGUUAAUGGCCAAUCACCUCUGAGCCAUCAAAGCAACCUUUACAUCUGAUCAACUCAGGCACACUGGGUGUUAUGAAAAUCUCCCCAUAUGGGAAUGUCAGGGGUCACGUUCAACUCAUUCCACUCAGUUUUUUGAGGCCAGUUACUUCAGACUGCUCAGUCAAAUUCAACUUUGAUUUUUGAACCAAUCAUGAUCAUGGGAAAGUCUGGUCCCAUGUAGAACAAUGGGAUUUCCCCCCCAAAAGGGGAAACCCAGGUAUGUGAAAGGAGUUUUCCAGGUCCCCCCCCCUCAUUACCUGGAUACCCCUGCAAGAAAACCCCGCCCCCCCAAAAUCUAUGUUUAUUUCUCUUUCCAUGGUUGGCCUUCUGCUCCCUGGAUUGUCAGCAAUUCUCAGCUUCUCACUCAUCUUGGAACAAAUAAUAUUGUACUCUGUCUUUAUCCUUGCCUCCCAUCCCUUUCGUAGUUUUUGCAUGUGCAUCUGCUAGGAUUUAGGGAAUUACCUCUCAGGUGCUUAAUAUAGACUCUCUACUAUUUUACUUUUUUUAUUCUGUUUUGUAUCCAAUAAAAUUAAAAGUAUGAUCACUUCA